AUGUUGUUGCGCAUCGCGCCAGCGAUAAUCUCGUCUUUAACCUUUAUUGUUGUCAACCAGUUCUACUUCAGUCUGCUUAUCUCAUCCCUUGCUGUAGUUCCCUUCUCCCAUGGUCUGCAAAUAGAUGUUUCUCCCACCGUCAUAGCUGGAUCUUUUUCUGCCGUAAAAUGGACUCGAGAUUUAUGCAAUGAUCCUAUCACAUUCGGGCUGGUAUCGGUGAGCCUAGACGGCGACAACGAGAGCCUUCGAUAUCUGGUUUCUGUAUGGGCUGGGGACGUGAAGAGUGGGACAACGCGAGUGGUGUUUCCAAGUCUAGGCCAGACAGUUUCUGUUGGCAGUAGUAAAGGAAAUAGAAACAGGAACAUCCCAGCCAAUCUCACGGUUGCCGGUCCCCGUAAAACAGGUAUUGGCAGUAAACAAUGA